AUUCUUAUUAUUUUUUUUGGGCCUUUUACUAGAACGAAACUUUUGAUCAAACGCAUCCUAAAUGAUUUCCCUUCUCAAUGGUUGAGACACGUAUGAAAAAGAUCGGAUGGGGAACGUAAGAAGCGCAAAAAAUUCGGGUACGCCAAAGCAUCCAACCCACCAUGUUGAAUCAGAUAGCUCGAUCCUCCCCGCCGACCGCCAUUGCCAAAGCAAUAUCGAUCAUGGGUUCUUGCUGGUGCCAGACUGCCAUUACGCCUGUGCUGACGCAGAAUUGAAACCUCAGACGACGGAGAGAGUGGCAGAGACCGAGAGAGGGAGAGAGACUUUGUAGGGAGACGAGAGGAGAAGGUUCUUCAUGAACGUCUCAAUAAUAGAUCCACUGCAGGGAGACUUCCCCGAAGUGAUAGAGGAGUAUUUAGAACAUGGACUCAUGAAAUGCGUUGCCUUUAAUCGCCGAGGGACGCUUCUUGCCGCUGGUUGUUCUGAUGGAAGUUGCAUUGUCUGGGAUUUUGAGACGAGGGGUAUUGCUAAGGAGCUUCGAGAUAAAGACUGCAAUGCAAUCAUUACAAGUGUUUGUUGGUCAAAAUAUGGCCAUCGUAUACUUGUGUCUGCUGCUGACAAGUCAUUAACACUUUGGGAUGUUGUCAAUGGGGAGAAGAUAGCUCGUACAACCCUGCAGCAAGCCCCACUACAAGCUCGUCUGCAUCCUUGUUCAUCUACUCCAUCCCUCUGUCUGGCAUGCUCACUGUCAUCCGCUCCCAUGAUUGUUGACUUGAACACAGGAAGUACAACAGUGCUUCCAGUUUCUGUUUCUGAUGCGGGUGCUGGAUUACCCCUUCCUCCUCGAAACAAAUUCUCAGAUGGCUCUCUUCCUUUCACUCCAACUGCUGCAUGCUUCAACAAGCAUGGAGAUUUGGUCUAUGUGGGAAACUCUAAAGGAGAAAUACUUAUAAUAGAUUACAGAAGCAUACAAGUGUGUGGCAUAGUUUCAAUUUCUGGUGCUGCUGUGAUAAAAAACAUUGCCUUCAGCCGGAAUGGACAGUAUCUUCUAACAAAUUCAAAUGACCGAACGAUCAGGAUCUAUGAGAACCUUCUGCCUUUGAAAGGUGAACUUGGUGCCCUCGGUGAACUAAACAUGACCUUUGUUGGGCUAGAUGGGGUUGAGAAGUUAAAAUCUGUUGGAUCAAAGUGCUUGGCACUUUUCCGAGAGUUUCAAGAUUCAAUCACCAAAAUGCAUUGGAAAGCACCCUGUUUCAGUGGUGAUGGUGAAUGGAUUGUUGGUGGUUCUGCUAGCAAAGGACAACACAAAAUCUACAUAUGGGAUAGGGCUGGGCAUCUUGUUAAAAUCCUUGAAGGUCCUAAGGAAGCCUUGAUUGAUCUAGCAUGGCAUCCUGUUCACCCAAUUGUUGUUUCGGUCUCCCUAACUGGUUUGGUCUAUAUUUGGGCAAAAGAUUAUACUGAGAACUGGAGUGCAUUUGCUCCGGACUUCAAAGAACUUGAUGAAAAUGAGGAGUAUGUAGAGCAAGAAGAUGAAUUUGAUCUAAUGCCUGAAACUGCAAAGGUGAAAGAAUCAGAUGUCAAUGAGGAUGAUGAAGUUGAUGUUGUGACGGUGGAGAAGGAUUCUGCUUUCAGUGAUUCAGAUAUGUCUCAGGAAGAAUUGUGCUUCUUACCAGCUAUUCCUUUCCCUGAUGUUCCCGAGCAAAAGGACAAGUGUGUAGGAAGUUCUUCAAGGUUGGUCAAUAGCAGUCAUUCAGAAGGUGCAAGACAAAAUGGGCGAGCAAUGAACCAUGCUUCAAGUCCAGUCGAAGCAUUAAAUAAUUCUGUCAUGGACGAAACUGAAGGGGCACAAUUGAAACGAAGGCGGAAACUAUCAGAGAAAGGAUUGGACUUGCAGUCAGAGAUCAGGAAACCCUUAAGAAGAUGAAAUCUUCUGAUUAAUUGGAAAAAAAUUUAAAACAGAUCUGUAGUUGAACAGGAUAGAUGACAUUGGUGUAUUUGUCAUGUUCACCGCAGCAAAACCUUGUAUUUAUAGAAUUUAUUCUUCUGGAAGAACCUGUUGAACUAUUUAUAUUAUUCGAAAAGAUGCAGGCUAAUUAUGGUGUUGGCUGAAUUGAACCUGAGAAAAUGUUUUGGGGAUAAGUUUUUUAAGUAGUUUUAUCUGUAACAAA